AUGCUCUCCAAGUACGCCAUCUUUGCUCUGGCCUCGAGCGCCCUCGUGGCCUCGGCCCCCAUGCCCCAGCAGGAGGCUGCCCAGUCUGGCUCCGGCCAGGAGGGCGGCCAGGCCGCUGGCACUCCCCCCUCGGGCGGCAGCUUCCCCACUCCCAGCGGUGGCUUCGGCGGCCACCACGGCGGCCACCACACCCCCGGUGCCGGCUUCGGCGGCUUCGGCGGCCAGCAGACUCCCGGUGCUGGCGGCUCGUUCCCGACCGCUUUCCCCUCUGGCGGCUCGUUCACCCCCGGCGCUGGUGGCUUCGGUGGCUUCGGCGGCCAGCAGACCCCCGGCGGUGCCGUUCCCACUGGCAGCUUCGGCGGCUUCGGUGGCCAGCAGACCCCCGGCGCUGGUGGUGCCGUGCCCACUCCCGCCGCUGGCGAACAGCAGAAGCGUCAGGCUGAGGGCACCCCCACCGGUGCUCCCCCGUCUGGCACUCCCCCCGCUGGCACUCCCCCCGCCGGCGGCCCUCCCUCUGGCGCUCCCCCGUCUGGCGCUCCCCCGUCGGGCGCUCCCCCGUCGGGCACUCCUCCCGCUGGCGGCCGUCCCACCGGCGCUCCCCCGUCUGGCACUCCCCCCGCGGAGAAGCGCCAGGCUGAGGCCACUCCCACUGGUGCUCCCCCGUCCGGCACUCCCCCGGCUGGCUUCGGCGGCCCCGGUGGUCCUCAGGGCACUCCCACUGGCGCUCCCCCGUCCGGCACUCCCCCCGCCGGCUUCGGCGGCCACGGUGGUCCCAAGGGCACUCCCACCGGUGCUCCCCCGUCCGGCACUCCCCCCGCGGAGAAGCGCCAGGCUGAGGGCACUCCCACCGGCGCCUUCCCGUCCGGCGCCUUCCCGUCCGGUACUCCCGGCUUCGGCGGCUUCGGCGGUCCCCAGGGCACUCCCGGCGCUUUCCCCUCGGGCACUCCCCCCGCCGGCUUCGGCGGCUUCGGCGGCCCCGUCCCCACCCCCGGUGCCUCCAACGACUUCGAGCAGGCCGCCAAGUUCGCCGAGAAGUUCGCCUCCAGCUUCGGCACCCCCGCCUCGGGCGCCCUGCCCACCGGUGCCUUCCCGUCCGGCGCCUUCCCGUCCGGCACUCCCCCCGCCGGCUUCGGUGGCUUCGGCGGUCCUCACGGCACUCCCGGCGCUUUCCCCUCGGGCACUCCCCCGGCUGGCGGCUUCGGCGGUCCCCAGGGCACUCCUGGCGCUGGCUUCGGCGGUGCCCAGCCCACUGGCGCUGUCCCCACCCCCAGCUUUUAA